AUUUGUGUCACCGUGUUAUGAUGCCUUCUCGUACCAACGUGGCUGCAGGGAUCCCCAGUAGUAAAGUGAAGUACUCGAGGCUUGCCAGCACAGAUGAUGGCUACAUCGACCUUCAGUUUAAGAAAAGUCCUCCAAAGAUUCCAUAUAAGGCUAUCGCCCUGGCCACAGUGCUGUUUUUGAUUGGCGCCUUUCUCAUCGUCAUCGGCUCCCUCUUGCUUGCCGGCUACAUCAGCAAAGGGGGGGCAGACCGGGCCAUCCCCGUCCUUAUCAUUGGCAUCCUGGUGUUCCUGCCUGGCUUUUACCACCUGCGCAUUGCCUACUAUGCAUCCAAAGGCUACCGGGGUUACUCCUAUGAUGACAUUCCAGACUUCGAUGACUAGCAUCCACCUCAGCGGCUGCAGAGAAGAGCCACAGAAGGAAGGCACUGAAGACUCAGAAGAAGACACUUAGCAGAAACUAUGACUCAUGGCUAAGGAACUGUGCAGUUUGUAGGUGUUUA